GUUACACCAUUUAAUUACAGUGAGGGACUUCUCUCUAACUCAAACAUAAUGCCUCUGCAGUACCAAAAAAUCUUGACAAUGAUUCGGAAUACUCUGUACUUGAUAGUGGGCCUAAUUAUUGGCGUGCAACUCACAGACUUCCUUAGUUUUGUUAAAUUUUGGAGGGCAAAUACCGCAAAGGAGAGCGGCAAGUCGGCUCUGCUGAAGUAUCCAGUUUCCACAGAGGAACACCUAGCCACCUGGCUUAGGCGCGAAGUACGUAUCCUCUGUCUGGUGCUCACCAUGCCCUCGAGACAUCGCUCAAAGGCGGAUCUUGUCAAAAGGACUUGGGGCUCCCGCUGCAAUAAGUUGCUUUUUCUGAGCACGCAGUCGGAUAAGAAGCUGGAGGUGCUCAAGCUGAACAUGUCCGAGGGACGAGAGCACCUCUAUUGGAAGGUGCGCACUGGGCUGGGUUAUGCCCAUCAGCACUAUCUAAAUGAAUUCGAUUGGUUUCUCAAGGCGGACGAUGACACUUACGUCGUGAUGGAGAACCUGCGACUGUUUCUAUAUCCCUAUGAUCCCGAAUCGUCUGUAUACUUUGGUUGCCGGUUCAAGGCGUUCUUCUCCCAGGGUUACAUGUCCGGGGGCGGGGGCUAUGUGCUCAGCCGCGACGCCCUCCGUCGCCUUAAUUUGUUUGCCAUGAACAGCACCACCACCUGCAAGCUGAACGGGGACUCCGAGGACAUGCAGAUCGGUCGUUGCCUGCAGGAUGUGGGCGUGGUAGCGGGAGAUUCACGGGACUUUCAGGGACACCACCGCUUCCUGCCUGUCAGUCCCCUAACAAUGUUUCCAGAGUGGCCGCCGGGCCACUGGCUGGAAAACUAUUUCUAUUUCAAACCCAAUAAAAGCGAUUGCUGCUCAAGCUCGGCCAUAACGUUCCAUUAUGUCCAAGAUAUAGAGUUCAACUUCUUUGAAUUUUUUCUCUAUUAUGUAAAGGUGUUCGGAUUGUAUUUUCCCCAAAGAGCGCUUCCAUCGCGAUUAAGCUUUCGGCAAAUCAAUGAGCGCCUGCAAUUUUGGGCUAAUCAGAAAACUGAUAAUCCAUGGCACGGUUAAAGCUGAGAACUGCCUAUAUAAUUUUAAAACAAAAACCUCAACUUGUUUAGAAUAAGCGUAUAAUACAAUAAUAAUAAAAACUAAUAUAAAAA